AUGGCAGCGGUGGCGGAGGCGCUGGGGAGGGUGACGGUGGCGGAGGCGGUGGGAAGGGCGACGGUGGCGGAGGCGCUGGGGAGGGUGACGGUGGCGGAGGCGGUGGGAAGGGCGACGGUGGCGGAGGCGGUGGGAAGGGCGACGGUGGCGGAGGCGGUGGGGAGGGCGACGGUGGCGGAGGCGGUGGGGAGGGCGACGGUGGCGGAGGCGGUGGGGAGAGUGGCCGAGGCCGUGGUGGAGACGGUUGCCGAGGUUUCGGCGACGGUGGCUGAGGCCGUGGUGAAGGUGGUCGAGGCCGCGGCGACGGAGGCUUGA